AUGGCAAGCUCACGGCCCAGUCGCCGCGAAGACUUUACCGUGGCAUUGAUUUGUGCCAUUCCCAUCGAAUUUGAUGCCGUCGCGCUGGCUUUCGAUGAAAUUUGGCCAGGAAACCAAUUCGGCAAGGCACCCGGCGACUACAAUUCAUACACUCUGGGUCGAAUGGGCAGUCAGAAUGCCGUGCUCGUUCUGCUGCAUAAGAUGGGCAAGACGAGCGCGGCAAGUGCGACGACCAGUCUUCGACAUAGCUUUCCAUCUGUCAAUCUAGCCUUCCUUUGCGGCGUUUGCGGCGGAGUGCCCAGUCCAAGCCCCGACGUCGAGAUUCUACUAGGAGACGUGAUCAUCAGUGAGAGCGUCGUUCAGUAUGACUACGGCCGUCAGUAUCCCUCAAAUUUGGUCCACAAAAACACUGCCAGUGAUGUGUUGGGGAUGCCCGUCAAAGAAAUCCGAGCAUUUCUCACUCGUCUGAAGACGGAUUUCGGGCGCGACGAACUGCGCAAUCAAAUCUCUAAUGCGAUGGCACAAGUCCAGCGGAAGACUGUGGAAAAUGACCCUUGCUCGAAGUAUGUUCAUCCUGGUAUCGAGCAAGAUGUUCUUUUCCAAGCGGACUACCUUCACAGACAUCGGCACCAGCAGAACUGCAGCUGCAGUCAGGAUAGCGUUUGCGACGAAGCCAUCAAAGCGUCCUGCGCGGAUUUGCAGUGUGAUCCAGAAGCUCACUUACCCAGAAAGCGUCUCGAUGCCCAGAACCGAAGAAAACGCGGGCAAGAUUCUAUCUCGGACCUUUUGAAAUCACCGCCACGAGUAUUUGUCGGCACAGUGGGCUCAGGAGAUACCGUAAUGAAAUCCGGGAAACACCGCGAUCGAAUGGCGCAGCAACAUGGUAUUAUUGCCUUCGAGAUGGAGGGCGCCGGCGUAUGGGACGAGAUUCCCUGCAUAAUUGUCAAGUCGGUCUGCGACUAUGCCGACAGUCACAAGAACAAAGAAUGGCAGGGCUUUGCAUCUGUGGCGGCUGCUUCCGCAACCAAGGCGAUUUUCAACAUGUACAACUUCGCUGCAGUACCAACAGCCACGACACAUGUCUCCCAAGCUUCAGAGACACCAAGUCCAGCUUUCAUUGUCCCCUACACUGAAAAUCCAGAUUUUGUUGGCCGCUCAGAAAUCCUCGAACGGGUGAAAGAUCUUUUUGGUCACAGCGAUACUUAUCAUCGCCCUGGCAGCAAGCCACGCUCUAGAGUCGCCCUUCAUGGUCUUGGUGGAGUCGGAAAAACACAAAUCGCUCUGGCCUACUGUUACUGGUUCAAGGAGAGGUUUCAAGACGCUUCCAUCUUUUGGAUCCAUGCGAGUAACGUCGAACGAUUCCAGAAGGCGUUCAGUGAUAUUGCUCGAGAAUGUGAAAUUCCUGGACAUAACGACAAAGGAGUUGAUAUCUUUAAAAUCGUCAAAGGAUGGCUGGAGAAUAGGCGGCGAGGCCGAUGGCUCCUCGUAAUCGAUAAUGCCGACGACACGGAGGUCUUCCUCCCCUCAAACCCCACCGCCGAAGCCGGUCCUCGAACAACCAGCUUAGGACAUUCCAUACCCGAAUGUUCCCAUGGAUCAGUCCUCAUCACCACAAGAAAUAAGCAGGCAGGCCUGAAGCUUACUCGGGGAAACCCGCCGCCUAUUGAGAUUCAAAGGAUGACUGACACAGAAACUACUCAGCUAUUGCGCACACUGCUUGGAGAUGAAAGUGUGACGCCUGCAGAAGCGUCACUUCUAUCAUCACGUCUUGAACAUCUACCCCUAGCUCUUUCGCAGGCAGCAUCUUUUAUCCUUGAGAACUCAACAUCUAUCAAGGCUUAUGUCGGGCUCCUGGACAAAAGCGACUCCAGUAUGAUCGACCGCCUGAGCGAGCCAUUUGAAGCAGUCGGACGAGAUACUGAGACCCCUCAUGCAUUGACAGCCACAUGGGCCAUCUCUUUCAAGCACAUUGAGCAACAGAAACGUAUGGCAAGCAACGUGUUGUAUUUGAUGAGCUUCUUUGACCGUCAGGCUAUACCAAAGCAAUUUGUCUGGGAUUACUGCAAUGAAAAGCUACGGAAAGCGUCAUCCUCCGACGAUGGCUCAGACCUGGCUGAAGAUUCCAAAAAACAUUUUCAAGUUGACACUGAUUUGGAGGUCACCCAAGCCCUAGGGGUUCUCCAGGCAUUUUCCCUCAUCUCCAAGGCUGAGAACCCUGAUACGCUACGGGCUGUCCACGAAAUUGUCGACGUAUACCGUCGGACUGGUCGAUUAGAAGAGGCACAAGAGCUCUGCACAAGUCUCGUUGAGCUCACAAGCAAGGUCAGAGGCGAAGAGCAUCCUACCACGCUGAGUCGAUUCUCGGAGAAAAUCAUCCUCGGACUACUUCUGUUCUCGGGAGGCUUCGGAGCAUAUACCAUGAUAUGGGUCGCGUCGAAGAAGAGAAAAGGCUGUGCCGAAGGCUAUCGGAAGCCCAAGAAGGGUCUUAAGUGA